ACAGGCAUCGGGGCUGCUGGCUACAUUCUGUUCUCCCCACUCUUCUGAGUGCAGCUCAGAGUAAGCGGCGAACAGCCUGCAGCAUCAGUAUCAUACUGCUUCACAGUACGGUGAUGAAGAGGAGGCCAGUAUCCCUCCUGCCGCAGCACAGGAGAAUAUUUCUGAUGUUAAAAGUUUGACAAGAGGAGAAAAAGAGAGUGAAAAGAUGAGCUUGGUUACGGAUGGUUCUUCUAAAGCCUGAAAGUUGGUAAUGCACCAUGGUUCUGCAAAGAGGACACAAAUACACCACAGAUAUGGACACCAGUUCAAAUGGAGAUGUGUUCAGAGGACUGGAGGCUGAGCCGGUGGAUGAGGUGUUCAGCCAAGUUCCCCCCAGUAAGGACCCCAACUGGUGCAAGACCCCCACGGGGCACAUAAAGAGGCCCAUGAACGCCUUCAUGGUCUGGUCACAGAUCGAGCGGCGGAAAAUCAUGGAGCAGUGGCCGGAUAUGCACAAUGCAGAGAUCUCCAAGCGCCUGGGCCGGCGGUGGAAGUUACUGCCGGACUAUGAGAAGAUCCCCUUCAUCAAGGAGGCCGAGAGGCUGAGGCUGAAACACAUGGCAGACUAUCCCGACUACAAGUACAGGCCGCGGAAGAAGAGCAAGUCCUCCAUGCCAACCAAGGCUGGGGAAAAGACCCCUCAGAGAGUCGGCAAGUCCCCCCUGGCCCGAGGAGCCGUCGUCACGGGACGGGGGCUUAAAGGAAAAGCUUCGGCUUCCAAGCACCAGGUGCACCUUAAUCAGAAGUCCAGAAGCUGCGAUGAUGAUGCCAGCGAGAGCAACACGGGAGACUCCGAGUGGAGCGGCCCGAUGGCCCCACGGACUGGGAACCGAUUUCAAGGCCCUGUGUCGCCUGACAGCCCAUCAGCUGAUGACCAGCGCAAACUCAAAGUAUCUGCUUCAGUCCUCUCUGGUCCAGCAGCCCUGCCAAGCACCGUGAACUCAGCGCCUCCGGCGUGUGGAGAGACCGAGCCCAGCACCUCCGCUGCUGGAAGGUCCCCCACGUCGACCUCCACCAGCUCCUCCUCCCUGAUGUCAUCCACUUCGUCCGACGAGGAGCUCGAAGAGGAGCUCCUGCACAUCAUCUCGAACGCCAGCUUUGAUAGCAUGCCUGUGGAAUGCACCUCUCCAGACAAGGACAUGGAAGCCUUUCAAACCAACUCAGGGUCCCAUUUCGACUUCCCCGACUACUGCACCCCGGAAGUGAAUGAGAUGAUAUCCGGGGACUUGCUUGUACCCAGCAUCUCUGACUUGGUGUUUACCUAUUGAAACUACCCCCCUACCGUGAUAUCAUCAGGUUAACCUGCCCACACAAAUGCCUCCCCAGUGACGGCUGCAGUUCCAGUCGUCACGGAAACUGAACGAGGCCGCACCCCCCCCCCCCAUCAUUUCUUGUCCAGGCUGAUUUCAGUGGAUCCUGAAAGUGCCAUUGCCUGAGUUAUUUGUAACGUGACACAUCGUUGUCGGCUGAGGGACAGACGGCACGGGAUUUUUCACGCAGAAAAUGUAUGUGGAGCAGAUGGCAGGUAGAACCGGCGGUUUUGGCACCGCGGCCACUUUUGUGAACAGCGCCUCCUAAAGGAACCUGAAAUUUGACAUAUGCACUUAAAAUGUUGCAACAUUGUAGAUGUAGUUGACAGUUUGUGCUAAGAAUACUGAUGCUACCAACGUAAUACAGCAAUUUUUUUCUGCUACAGACAUAUUGGCAUACUGCUUACUGAGUUUCAUACUCAUGACAAUUAUACAUAUACCUAGCAAUGAUCAAGAUUGUUAAGAUCAUAAGUUUUAUUAUAACUAUUAACUAUAGUGAUGUCACCAGAAGAAAUUGUUUCUCCUCAGACUUCUAAGUCCCUGUUUUUGUGCACAGACAGAAAGCAAAAAUAAGGGGAGCAUGCAGAAUGAGAUGAGCUGCUCUGAAGCAAGCUCACUACAGGAAUGAAACACUCCUCACUCAGUGGAUCCUAGUUAUUUCCAGCUGAUGAGACGCGGAAGCCGUUAGCGGACGACUGUGAUGUGGACGUGUGGAGAUUCGUGAGCGAGGCAAUAACCAUGAAGUGAAGGAAAGGGCCAAAUGCAGUUUACUUCACUGACACCUAUAAUUGUGUAACAACACGUCAUGAAUAGCAUGAACCGCAAAGAAUCGGCAGAAUGCAGAUCUUCCUGUGCCUGUUGUAGCCAGAUUAGGCUCCAGCGUAUAGGCUGUCAGGGAUUUUCUUUUCUUGGAGAGA